CCUCCUCUUCCUCACGACAACACCUCUUCCUUGUCUGCGACUGUGUAGAUGAACAACCUACCGGUCGUCUAUAUCCUUUUUCUAUCCCUCAUCCUGCAGGCAAACGGCCAUCCCAUCGACUGGUUCCGCAAACUCUCUACGAGUGCCAGACAUGACACCAGCUGGCUAUGGGGCUGGGCGUGGGCAGCUGACGGGACAGUAUCGGUCGUGGAUCGAUCCCCUCCACUAAUAUACCCUGCACGACCGGCCUCGUUUGGCACGGAGCUCUCUGACCCACUGCUUGGAUACGUUAUACCCCUCUCCGCGUUCACGUCACCAUGCCCUGUAAGCAACACUUCGACGUCGUAUCCAUCCAUGCCAGACCCUGUGCAAGGUUGUCCGGAGCUUUGCGUUGAUGGACCGAACCAACCGGAGCGUUCUGAGACCUGGAUCGCGCUUGUGCAAAGAGGCGGGUGUCCUUUCGUAGAGAAGGCGCGACAGGCUCAGAGGCUGGGGGCCAAGGCAGUCGUCGUAGGCGGCGACAGGGAGAAUCCGAAUGCUCUCCUUAACAUGUAUAGUGAACAGGACCCUUCCGACGUCACGAUUGCUGCAACCUACAUCAAAUAUUGGGACUAUGCGGAGCUACUCGCUCUAAUUUCUGCGUCAAAUACUUCUCAUUCUGGCCUUCGGACGGUGUCUCUCCAGCUCAGCACGGAGUAUUCUGCGUGGGAAUGGUACUCGCCGAUAAUAACAUUCGUCGUCAUUCUCCUACUUCCGUCCAUUCUUACCUUCAUCACCCUCUUGAUACACCGCAUCCGAGCCGCGAGAGCUGCCCAGCGGGAUCGGGCACCGGAAGAUUUUGUACACAGUCUCCCUUGGCGGGUUUGGACAGGGAAUGGCUGGGAGAAGCACGAUGCAGGCCUCCAAAACGCUGAAGACCCUUCCGAAGAUCCGUCGUCCGGACCGGAGCCCGAUAUCGAGCGCGACACGAUUGCUCAGUCCUCUUCGAGAGAGGCAUCUGUAGAGCCUUCUUGGGUGGAUGGGCAGAUGGAAUGUGCGAUUUGUCUGGAUAUGUUUGCAAAAGGAGACCGCGUCCGGGUCUUGCCUUGCAACCACCUAUUUCACAUGAACGAGAUCGAUGAAUGGCUCAUAACGAAGAAGAAAGUUUGCCCUAUCUGUAAGGCUGAUAUCACGAAACCGAGGCCAGCGCCGGAUCACGAACACUCGCAGCACGACUCGUCUGCCCAACAUCUUUCACCAACACUGCCUCAACCGCCGACGGAACGCUCUCCCCUGUUGCCUCACUGACACGGCGCUUACACCCUAUUCAUCGUGGACCGCAGGCCCUCGGCAUAAUAAAUAUUCGCUAAUAUCCCGCAAUUGACAGUUAUCGGUCAUUUUCUCGAGGUUGUAUUCUACCCUAUAUCCUCACGUUGACCUCCACUUACCACACUGUAACACAUUAAUACUAGUCUCGCGUCGGACUUCCUGUAUUAUCCACGCUCGCACUAAUGUAAGGCGCUCAACAAAUUUGAGUCAUCUCGGUUGACAGCAAGAACGCAACCGAUUCGGCUUGCCUCGCGUAUUCCCCACACGGAUGCAGCCUGGAACUGAUUAUUCCUUCCCAUCUGGGACCAGUCCUUAGACCUCAGGGGCAAUAGGUGUCAGUGGCCACACCGACUGUUACAGAUACGAUACGAACGAUCGUCGUGAGUCUCUUGUGUUACUGUAGCGCGGGUACUGUACCACUCACUUGGGAGUCAAGCGUGGGUACAGCUCUUCGUUACGGCAGUACCAGCGAAGGUGAUCCCAAUAUGAUUCUUUUCAGGAGUCGAUCUCAUGUUUCAUAUCCACCAGAUUAUGCAGUGUUGUUUUAUUUUUGCGGGAUUCUAUGGUAUUGGCGGGCUGGUCCAUUGCCAGCUGGGCUGCACAGCGCGUAUGACCACGAGGCAGCAUAGCAUGGAGCAGUCAGCAACACAUUCCGUGCUGCAUUGUCAAUGCGAACAGACAGUCGCCGCAGCGCAAUUCUUUCCGCCUUUCCGCCUCCGGCUCCUUGCGUACAUGAUGGUCCGUCGUUCGCGUGUCCGACUUUCUCGGCGCUGGUUACAGUUGGAUGACAGCGUGCGGCUGCAGAGCCACAGUAGGUGCCCGAGGAACCUCGGAUCUCGCCCACAGGCAUCAUUGCAUUAUCCACAGUUGGCCCUCUAUUGUGGAACCUGCCCUGGGCAGCUCCAGGGUUUACAGUAAGCACUCACCCGCUGCGCUGUCGGCGCUUUGCCAUCUGUUCACCUAGACCGUGUUGCGGUCCGCACCCCCGUUUUUGUCGUUAGCUGCUAGGAGCCCCACGACUAACCGCAACAGCGAAAAGCCCGGAGAACAGCGUGGCCCAGACCGCGACAUCUGCUAGGAUAGUUCAUGCGACGCUGCCGAGGCCAGCAUCCCGCGUGAGUUGGCCGGGAGCGUAAGUUUGGCCUCCUCUGGGUUCGCGACCACGUUCUGAUCAGCACUCGACACACGUGGGGGUGUCGGAUGUAUUGCAUCGGAAGAUACGACGUCGCGGUGGCCAUGUCGUGCUUGACAACACCCGGAAACGGCGAACAGGGCUGCUCUGAUGAGGUCCUGGAAGCUUAAAGGCGUGCAAGGCAGCGUCCAAACCCGAGGCGCAUGUGGAAUUUUCCGUGCAACGCCCGCUUCUGUUGCUAGAUGUGCUUCCGAACCAACUGCAGCGCAGGGUCCACCGAGCGCGCGCCGCAGGUCGCAACAGUCUGCACAGCGACGGCCGACGCCUCGAAAGUACUGCGUCCGCCCAUAAGCGCCAGUGGGUGUACCAUUCCCUUAUCAGUGUUAAACUCGAAAUUUCAGGCUUAUUGUUUUCCGUCAUCAGGGAACUUUUCACCCAGAAGUGGAUGGCGUGUUACAGGCGAUGAUAUCGAGAUUUGCAGUCUGUGGCCGUGGAAAGUGAUGUGUCCCCCAGCUUUUAUGCUGUCUACACGCACUCACUUAUGUACUACUUGCUGACUCCCAGCGCGACAAAUGUCAGAUAAGGAACUUGUCCGUCCGCUGGACAAAAGGUUUCCUCAGACGCCGAAAUAAACUCGAUUUUGACUCAUCCUUCCUUUGGAGCAUACACUUGCAACAGCCCCGAUUGGCUGUUCUUCCAACAGCCCGGAAAGCCGGUGGGACUAUAAGAUCGAGAGAUGGGUUAAGUAAAGAGGCCACUUCCUUCGAAAUUCUCCUUCCGCGCAGUCAUAUAUUUCCGCUCACUUCUUCACGCCCAGGCCUUCUACCUUCUUUCGUAUAAAAGAUAUUGUGACGCAGAGACGGCGCCAGCCGUCGGCUUGCUCCAACCCCGUUAUACACGUAUACAUCUACCCAUGGGCUGCCCGACUACCACUUACUUGAAGACCCCGCUCAUCGACGGAGGUACAGCUAAUUCGGAACCGGCGAGCGAUCGCACUCUCCAGAAUUCAGCUUCACAGUACAAUGGUAUGACCCACCCCCAAGUGC